AUGAUUAAACCACUACUCGCCUCUGCGCUGCUUCCAUUAUCAGCCUUCGCCGUACCGAGUCCUGGGCCAGAUGGAACUUACACGCUCUCCGCACCUGGCAUAACUGCCAAAUUCAUUGCAUACUCAGCAGCAAUCACCAGUCUGAUUGUGUCUGAUCGCAAUGGCGUGAAGAGAGAUAUCAUCCUAGGCUACGACAACGGGACCUUCUACCCCGUUGAUCCCAACCAUCCUGACUACGGCGCCGUGCCAGGCAGAUAUACCAAUCGCAUAGCCAAUCACACGUACAUUCUCGACGGUACUCGGUACUUUACCGAAGCGAACGACGGAAAUGGAACACUGCACAGCGGUCUAAACGGCUGGUCUCGUCGCACGUGGAAAGUAUCCCAGGUCACAAAUUCGAGCAUCACGUUCACUAUCCGCGAUGAUGGGAACUCAUCUUUGGGAUUUCCAGGUCUGGUAUUGGGGGAAGUAACGCAUGUUAUCACUGCGAAUACGUGGAGCACGAAGUUGUCUGCCAAGGCAGUCGACCACAAGACGCCUAUCAUGCUGACUACCCAUCCAUACUGGAACCUCGACGCUUUCGCCAACCCUGCCACCGAUCUCGUCUUGAACCAUACGCUAAGUCUUCCGUUCAGCGAGCGCAUGAUCGGGAUUGACGGGACAACACAAUCGACUGGCGAGCUACCCAGAGUCAAAAAAGGCGGCGUGAACGAUUUCGUCAGUAAGCCGAAGCAGUUAGGUGCUAGUAUGAGUGAUCCCGAGUGGAAUGGGAAUUGUGGGAGUGCGUUUGGAUGUAGUGGGUACAAUAACCAGUGGAUUAUUGAUCGGGCUGCCACGGAUGAGGACAAGCCAAUUGCGACGCUGUCAAGUGACUGGAGUGGAAUCAAAUGGGAUUUGUAUAGUGACCAGGCGGGUGUUGUGGUGUAUUCUUGUUAUUGGAUGGGAGGUGCCAACGAGUUGAAGAGAUCUCAAGGUGGACCAGCUUCCAGUGGCUUUGUGAAGAGCAAUGGUUGUGUGGCCGUUGAGCCGCACGAUUGGAUUGAUGGUAUCAAUCAUCCUGAGUGGGGAAGAACUGAAAAGCAGAUAUUCGGGCCCGAUACUAAGCCUUACGAGAGUUGGAUAUCGUACAAGUUUGGCACUUUUUGA